AUGCCUCACACGAGACGGUACUCGUCUUCGGAACGAGACAGUCGAAGCAGCUACCAAGACCGCUACAGAGACAGAGGGCGAAGACACCGGCACAGAAGAUCACCUUCUUUCUCCUCCAGCAGUGACAGAGACCGAGAUCGAGACAGAGACCGAAAGGGACGAGGACACCGACAGGAAGGAAGCUUUGUACGCUCAAGGAGUCGUAGCUGUGACAAUCGCUCUACGGAGCAACGGCCGUUUGACAGAAGAUACUGCGACGGAUACAGACGCUUGGAUCCGAGCCGAGACCGCGACAGAGAAAGGGAGCCACAUGGAGCAGCUGAAAGUUAUUACCCACGCAAUUUCACCCCAAACCUGUACGACUACCGACGUGGCCGCGAGAGGGAGCGAGAACGGGAAGAGUCUUACCGACGGAAAGGCAGCAGGCGUAAGCACAAACGAAGGCGGCGUAGAACCAGGUCCUAUAGCCCAUCCUCCUCGCGGAGCGACAGCCGGACGCGGGCACUGAGUGUGAGGGACGACGAGGAAGGGCACCUGAUCUGUCGGAGUGGGGACGUCCUACAAGAGAGAUAUGAGAUUGUCAGCACUUUGGGGGAAGGCACCUUUGGGAGGGUGAUGCAGUGCAUCGACCACCGCAGGGGAGGAGCCGCUGUUGCUUUGAAAAUUAUCAAAAAUGUGGAAAAGUACAAGGAAGCAGCUCGCCUGGAAAUAAAUGUUCUAGAGAAGAUCAAUGAAAAGGACCCUGAUAACAAAUUCCUGUGUGUACAGAUGUACGACUGGUUUGACUACCACGGUCACAUGUGUAUCUCCUUUGAGCUGCUAGCUCUCAGCACCUUUGACUUUCUAAAGGAAAACAACUACUUACCCUACUCCAUCGGUCAGGUCCGACACAUGGCCUACCAACUCUGUCUCUCUGUGAAAUUCCUACACGACAAUAAGCUGACACACACAGACCUAAAGCCUGAGAACAUCCUGUUUGUCAACUCAGACUUCACCAUGUCCUUCAAUGUAGAAAAGAAGCGAGAGGAGCGGACAGUAAAGAGCACGGCGGUUCGGGUGGUGGACUUCGGGAGCGCCACUUUUGACCACGAGCACCACAGCACCAUUGUGUCCACGCGGCAUUACCGCUCACCCGAGGUCAUACUGGAGCUGGGCUGGAGCCAUCCCUGUGACGUGUGGAGCAUCGGCUGUAUCCUGUUUGAGUACUACCUGGGCUUCACCUUGUUUCAGACUCACGACAACAGGGAGCAUUUGGCCAUGAUGGAGAGGAUCCUGGGACCAGUGCCCUCCAGAAUGAUUCGUAAAACGAGGAAGCAGAAGUAUUUCUACCGUGGCCGUCUGGACUGGGACGAGAGCUCCUCAGCGGGGAAAUACGUCAGAGAAAACUGCAAACCCUUACGGCGGUACUUGCUGUCGGAGGCGGAGGAGCACCACCAGCUGUUCGACCUGAUAGAAAGCAUGUUGGAGUACGAGCCCACCAAGAGGCUGGCGCUGGCCGACUCCCUCAAACACCCCUUCUUUGAGAACGGGGCGGCCGCAGAGGCGGGGAGCAGCAAGAGCUGGGAGGGCAACCGGGACAUCAGCCGGUGACCCUUGAGCCUCCAGAGACUGAAUGACACAGAAGAUCAAGCGUUUUUUUAUCGUGGAGCAGACGAACUGUUAAAUUAAUCGGGGCUCUGGAUGUUUUUCUGUCGUUUGUCAAUAAAGCAUGGACACCUUAACUUCCUCUUGCUCCACCACCCUGCCCAUCGGACAUCCAGCUCUGCAGCCACAUGAGGCAUGUUUCUGCAGCAGAGACCAAAGUAACACAAAGACUGGACAAAUUGAAAAGAAUGAGUCUUUUCUGCCCUCCACAGCCUCCACAGAGGACAAAGGUCUUUGGUGGAAGAUUGUUUGUACCCAAAGUAGCCCUCUAUGCAGCUCCUGUCUUCCUUUUGACUAUUCCUUCCGUCCAUCCGUAUAUUCUUUUCAUUAGCAUGUAAAGAUUCACCGUCUUAGAAGGAAAUAUACACUACACUACAGGUGACCCAAUCACUCAGUUUAAGGGGAGAAAUGUCUUCUGAUUCUGAAGUCUAAGGAAAGGUUUAAAAGGAGAUAGAGCUGUGUAUGCAGUGCAUGUCCUCACCCACAUCACUCUUAACAUGGAGACGUGUAACAUUAUAUGAUGCUAGAAACAAUUAAUUCAAAUUGAAUAUAUAUUUCUUUGGAAAUUGCAAUUAUCUCCAGAAGAGACAAGUGUCUCAAGUUUUAUGUUUACGUCUUGGUCAAGUGAGUUCCUGCGUUGCAUAUCGUUUUUCAUGUUUAUUUUUAUACAUCUAAAAGAUUUCCCCCUAUAUGGAGACGGAUCUAUAGAUCUGUUAUUGUUCGCCAAUGAGAUGAUAAUGCUGGGCACUCCACACACAGGCCUCUAUGGCCUGUCUUAUAGAUAUGUGUUACGUUAUGAAAUGCUUUCUGGGUGUGUGUGUGUGUGUGUGUGUGUGUAUGUAUGGGUUGGCAGUGUGGGUGACAUGCUCAUAUUAUGUUUGCUCAGUGACUUGUUGGUAGUUCAGCAUUAGUCAUGGGAACAUUCUUGCAUUCUUUUAAAUCCGAAAAACAUAAACUGCCUUUUUUCCAAGUGUGAUUCGGUCAGACCUGGAAGUCUCCAUCGAGGUAAAGCACAUAGGAAGUAGCCAACGAGCCACACACAACUCCUGUUACCGGUAUUUAUUUUGAGUUCAUAUAGGUCAUAGUCCCCACCCCCCAACUGUACAUUACUUGUUUUUUUGUAAGAAAUUAAAGCGUAUAAAACUGUAUAUAUGUACGAUUGUGUAGAAUUAAAGUGAAGUCCUCCUUACCAAAGGCUUAUGGUGCUCUCAGUUUGGGUUCAGGCCUCUGGUAGCUGCAGGGAGGCAUCCCGUCUUUAAAUACCAGCCCUGCGUCUGAGUCCAUCUUUACCUCUCUCACUAAAGCCGCUGCUGGACGAUGUUCAAGUCAGACGUCUGGACUGAAGGUCAACAUGGAGUCUGCAUUGUUCUGUUUUCAGGGAACUCCUAUAAAUAAAGAGACACUUACUUCUUGCUG